AUGGUCUUUGUGGCAGUCUCCUUACCAACUUUGGACAGUAAUGUGAUGUCUCAGUACAGCCCUGCCAUUGAAGAUCACUGCAACAAUAUCCAUUGCCUGGCCAAAGCUAUCAACCAGAUUGCUGCAGUUUUAUUUACCAUUCACAAGGGAAGCAUUGAAGACCGUCUCAGAGAAUUCUUGGCUCUGGCAUCCUCUAGUCUACUGAAAAUUGGUCAGGAAACAGACAAAGCCACUACAUGGAACAGAAAAUCUGUUUACUUACUCCUAAACAUGAAUGACCCCUGCUCGUGUGCAAUUCAUCAAGUGAUGGAAAUAUCACUGGACGUUAUGGCAAAACAAUGA